AUGGAUGAAAUGCGAGCGACGCUUGACUCCCUUAUGGGGAGGGACCGUAACGAGUACGGUGCGAACGCGAAGAAGGGCGCGUCUUUUAAAGCGGAAACAGUCUGCAAGUUCUUUUUGUUGGACUUUUGUCCGCAUGAUCUUUUUCCCAACACUCGCGUCGAUCUCGGCCCAUGCGACAGAGAGCACCGCGCAGACCUCAAAGUUGCCUUCGAGGCAGAUCCAGAGAGAGAGUUCUAUCAGGCCCUCUUCGAGCAAGAAUUCGCACGCUACCUACAACGUUUGGUAGAUCAGAUGGAGAACAGAAUAAAAAGGGUUCAGCAGCGUAUAGAUGCAAGUAAUCAGCCUGUUGAGUUGAGCAAAGAAAACGAAGAGAGGGUCAAUGCAAUGAACGCCGAGAUAUCCGAACUUCUAAAACAGCAAGAUGAAGCAGGAUCGAAGGGUGACAUCGACGCUGCCGAGAAGCUGAAUGAGAAGGUGGCGUUCCUACAGCGGGAAGUAUCCAGGCUGAAGAACCCCAACGCAGAUAUCGCCACUAUACGCGAAUCUCAGUUGCGGGUAUGCGCUACAUGCGGAGCGAUGCAAUCAACGGGAGACGCUAUGUGUCGAUUUGAAUCGCAUGUAUCGGGGAAGCAGCAUCGAGGUUGCGAGAAAAUAAGGAAUAAAUUAGCGUCAUUAAAGGAGACAGAAGGAAAAAGGGAGGAAAUACUAAAGAAAUAUAAGGAAAAAAAAGAGACAGAAAUUGCUGCUGCUGAUAGAUUAACAAGAAGAAGAGAACAAGGACAAAGAGAUAAAGAAGAAAAAGAUAAUAAUAAUAAUAAUAAUAAUUAUAAUUAUAAUAAUAAACAACAGGAGACAGAUGAUAACAGGGUAGGGACACAUAGAUAUAAAUAUUCAUCAAGAGACAAUCAUCAUCAUCAUCAUCAUCAUCAUUCUUAUGAUAGAAGAGACAGAGACAGGGAAGGAGAGAGGGGAGGGAGAGGGGAUAGGGGAGGAGACAGGAGAGAUAGAGACUAUAGAGAUAGAUAUUAUAGGGAUAGGGACUAUAGGGACAGAGACAGGGAUAGGGAUAGGGAUAGGGACAGAUAUAGGAGCGGAGACAGAGAUAGAUCUCGUUAUAGUUCUAGUUAUCGAUCCCGGGAUCGAUCCCGGGAUCGAUCCCGAGAUGGUCAUAGAUCUAAGGAUCGGGAUCGGGAUCGAUCUCGAUCCCGGGAUCGGGAUCGAUCCAGGGAUCGGGAUCGAUCCAGGGAAGCAAGGCACCGCAGCAACGGAUCAAGGCACAACGAAAUACACAGAGACACUACAACUGCAGCAGCAGCAACAACACCUAAUGAGAAUAGGGGAGACCCUAGAAAUGCUCUACAAUCAUUCGUGCAUGCAGCAGCAGCAGCAGCACCCCGCAGCAGCAGCAGCAGCAGCAGAACACCGCAUCACGAAUAG